CUUCAAGGAGUGUUGUCUAUGGCUAAAUCGUUGGCUAUUUUGAUUGCUUUUUUGGGUGCUUUGUUUGUAUUGUCCCGUACCUGGGUACCUUGGUUUCUAAAACUUAUGACAAGCCUCUCUUCUCAGACUAACGAGCUCUAUCAGUUGGCCGCUGUAGCAUUUUGCUUGCUUGUCGCUUGGUGUAGUGACAAGCUAGGUCUAAGUCUUGAGUUGGGUUCCUUUGCGGCAGGAGUGAUGAUCUCUACAACUGAUCUCGCUCAGCAUACUCUUGAGCAGGUAGGAAUUCGAGAUUAA